AUGCUCUCGGUUAAUGGAAAGAUGGUAAAGGUAGGGGAGGCGGUAGACUUUGACGCGCUGGCGGACGUGGAAGCUAGUACAAAUAUGGAGUCUUUGGAGCCACAAUAUAGUGUGCGGGAGGAGGGUUGCUGUGAGGAUGAUGUUGGUAGCAUGGUUCCGGAAACUCAACCCUUUUCGCCUUCGAGAAUGGAAGUUGUUCCCUACAACGAUGAUUUGCGUGAACUUCCCUCUCCUUCAUGUGGCCUGCACGAAUCAAACCAGGAGUGGGAUCUGGAUGCCUUUCCUUUCAACAAGGAGUCAUUAAUUGAAACCUGCAUUUCGGUGGGGAAAAUCUUGGAUUUGAGCCACAAGGAUGGUAAUGAAGAACUCGAGAGGCAGAUUUCUAAUUCGGCCGAAGAGCUGCACCAAAGGAAGAUCAGGAGUUCGCGAUCAAAGCUGGAAAUGGAGAUCUUUCGUCUGGGGCCUCAGAGAGCAACUCCAUCAGGGCCGAGGAAGGUUAAGCAAGUGAGGCGGGGGUACCGUUCUGAUCAUUAA